CCUGCCAGAUCUGCUCCCAGGGCUGUCCUGCCCGGGAGCCUCUGCCACCACUGCUAACGCCACCAGCUUCCCAGAGCAGGCAGCCAUUGCUGUCAGCCCUCCCCAGGAGGGCAGGCUUGGGGCAGGGACUUUGCCACUUUUGUGCUUUGAUCAAGAUGUGGUAAGUGCACCCCCUGGGCCCCACACCUCCUUUAUAAAUGGAGGCUGGUACUAGUGGGACCAGCUGAGCCGCCUCCCCAGGAGCCCGCGGAAAAGAAUUCAUUAUCUUGCUUCUGGAGAAGAUGCAGACACAAGAGAUUCUGAGGAUGCUGCGGCUGGCCGAGCUGGGCGAUGUGGGCCAGUUCUUCCACAGUCUCUCAGCCACCACCCUCAUGAGUAUGGGCGCGCUGGCCGCCAUCCUUGCCUACUGGUUCACUCACCGGCCCAAGGCCUUGCAACCACCGUGCGAUCUCCUGAUGCAGUCAGAGGAAGUGGAGGGCAGUGAUGGGGCCCGGCGAUCCGUGGUUGGAGGUAGCCCUCAUCUGCUCACCCACUACUACAGUGAUGCCAGGACCAUGUACCAGGUGUUCCAUCGUGGGCUUAGACUCUCAGGGAAUGGACCGUGUCUUGGCUUCAGGAAGCCCAAUCAGCCUUAUCAGUGGCUGUCCUACCAGGAGGUGGCCAACAGGGCUGAAUUUCUAGGGUCCGGACUUCUCCAGCACGAUUGUAAAGCAAGUACAGAUCAGUUAAUUGGUGUUUUUUCACAGAAUCGACCAGAGUGGAUCAUCGCAGAGCUUGCCUGCUAUACGUAUUCCAUGGUGGUGGUCCCGCUCUAUGAUACCCUGGGCCCUGGGGCCAUCCACUACAUCAUCAACACAGCUAACAUCAGCAUCGUGAUAGUGGACAACCCUCAGAAGGCCCAGGUCCUGCUGGAGCACGUGGAGAAGGAGCUGACUCCGGGACUCAAGAUGAUCAUCCUCAUGGACCCGUUUGAGGAAGCUCUGAAAGACAGAGGGCAGGCGUGCGGAGUGGCCAUUAAGUCCAUGCAGGCAGUGGAGGAGUGCGGCCAACAGAAUCCUCACGAACCUGUGCCCCCAAAUCCCAACGACCUGUCCAUUGUGUGUUUCACAAGCGGCACAACAGGGAACCCAAAAGGUGCAAUGCUAACCCACGGGAACGUGGUGGCUGAUUUCUCAGGCUUUCUGAAAGUGACAGAGAAAGUGAUCUUUCCGAGACAGGACGAUGUGCUCAUCUCCUUCCUGCCUCUGGCUCACAUGUUUGAGAGAGUGAUCCAGGCUGUUGUCUACUGCCACGGAGGGCGAGUUGGCUUCUUCCAAGGAGACAUCCGUCUCCUCUCGGAUGACAUGAAGGCUCUACGCCCCACCAUCUUCCCUGUGGUCCCACGACUGCUGAACCGGAUGUACGACAAGAUCUUCAGCCAGGCAAACACACCACUGAAGCGCUGGCUCCUGGAGUUUGCAGCAAAGCGUAAACAUGCUGAAGUCCAGAGUGGAAUCAUCAGGAGUGAUAGUAUCUGGGAUGGAAUCUUCUUUAAUAAGGUUCAGGCCAGCCUCGGUGGGCGUGUGCGGAUGAUUGUGACUGGAGCAGCCCCCGCGUCACCAACAGUCCUGGGAUUCCUUCGGGCAGCCUUGGGGUGCCAGGUUUAUGAAGGUUACGGCCAAACGGAGUGCACAGCUGGAUGUACCUUCACCACACCUGGGGACUGGACCUCAGGGCACGUGGGAGCGCCUUUGCCCUGCAACCAUAUCAAGCUCGUGGAUGUCAUGGAACUGAACUACUGGACCAGCAAAGGAGAGGGAGAGAUAUGUGUGAGGGGACCAAACGUGUUCAAAGGUUACUUGAAAGACCCAGAGAGGACAAAGGAGGCCCUGGACAGCGACGGCUGGCUCCACACCGGAGACAUUGGGAAGUGGCUGCCGGCGGGGACUCUUAAAAUUAUUGAUCGGAAGAAGCACAUAUUUAAACUUGCUCAGGGAGAAUACGUUGCGCCUGAGAAGAUUGAGAACAUCUAUUCCCGGAGUGAUCCUGUGGCACAAAUCUACGUCCACGGGGACAGCUUACAGGCCUUUUUGGUGGGCAUUGUUGUGCCUGACCCCGAAGUCAUGCCCUCCUGGGCACAGAAGAGAGGGAUUGAAGGGACGUACACAGAGCUCUGUGCAAAUAAGGAGGUGAAGAAAGCCAUUUUGGAAGAUAUGGUGAGAUUAGGAAAAGAAAGUGGACUCCAUUCUUUUGAACAGGUAAAAGCCAUUCACAUCCAUUCUGACAUGUUCUCAGUUGAAAACGGCUUGCUGACGCCAACACUAAAGGCUAAGAGACCUGAGCUGAGAGAGUACUUCAAAAAACAAAUACAGGAGCUUUACUCAACCUCCAUGUGAAGUUCAAGGCAAGUUCUGCUCAGUACAAUGGCCUGUGUAGCAAUAUUAUAGUUAUUCAUGAAAGAGUCAGAAUGAUGCAGCUGAAAACGAAUAAGCACGUGACUUCAUGACUGAGCCUUUUCCUGCCCUGAGAGGUCUUUAACAAUAUUUUCUCUAUCAUCACCGAGUAUACUUUAUUUUUAUUAAAAUGAUAUUGUAGCAAGCUGCUAAAAAUAUUGCAAAUGGCAAUGUAAAAAUCAAGACUUUUCUCAAGAACUAUGUACCACUAAAAGAAAUAUAUUCUCAAUGUUCAUAGCACUCCUAUUAAACAUAAAGAAAAAAACAUAAUUGAUAUGUUGUACUUAAUUACUUGUGGACUAGAAAUCAGAUACAGCAAAUAUCCAGGCAAUGUGGACUACCUCAUUCAAUAACCGAUUGUCAAAAAUCAUAAUUAGAUCAGAUCUAAAAAUUAAAAGCAGGUGUGUGGAAUCAUACUAAAGUAAAAUGUGAUAAUUCACAUUCUACAUAACUUUAGAUUCUUCACACAUGACAAUCCUGUUGAUGUGGGGGGAAAAUUUUUUCUCUCUAAUUUUUAUGUUUAUUCGUGAAAAAUGCAAAUUCGGAUAUUCUUAAAAUUAAUGUUAUAUUUAUAUAACGUCACAAAAAUAUUUAAAUAUUUUCUCAUUUAUAAGCUCAUUAAAACAUUCAGAAAGAACCUAGAAAAAAAAUGUAAUGUAUGACUACUUCAAGAACAGUGUAUGUACAUUUUUGGACUUCUUACAACAUUAAUUCUAAAAGCUGUCUGUUGAUGUUGACUCUACAAUAAGUGGGCCUGUGGAGAAGACCUGGGAACAGAAACCCAGAAUUAUUUCUCAGGGCGGGCAGCAAUUAAUCUAACUAUGUUCCUUGCAGUCUUCCAUGUUCAAUAUGUCUGCCUUUGGCCUGGGAAACCCCAAAUGGCUACAAUUCUGAACAAUUCCACUUUCUUUCAGCAAGACUAGCAAGGCAUGAUGCCAGGAGGAAGGAAUGUUAUUUCCAAGCAAAGUAAUUUUUCCACAACAUAAUUUUGAAUAAUCUCUUCAAAGUACCCACGGAAAACUUUUAAGUCCGUCAUAGAUAAAUAUCUUCAUGGGGCAUAAUUCCAUUCAUAAAAUCUGAAAUGCUUCUAAGCUUAACCACAAAAACCUCCUCUCCUGCAUUAUGUAUUUAGACACUUCUUGCAUCUGGGUGUCAACAAUUUCACAUAAUUAAACCCAGCAUGAGCAGCAAUUAAAGUCAAAGCUACAGAUGCUCCAUCUGAGAGGGAAAUGUCCCUAGGAGAGUGUUUUAUUUUUUAUGCUUUAUUUUAUUUUGUUUAUUUGAGAGAGAGAGAGAUUGAUUUGUUGUUCUACUCAUUUAUGCAUUCAUUGGUUCAUUCUUAUAUGUGCCCUGACCAGGGAUUGAACCCACAACCUUGGUAUAACUCUAAACCAGCUGAGAACCCGGCCAGAGUGAAAGUGUUUUCUUUAGAGACAGAACUCUGAAAGCAGAGAUGGGGCAGUGUUCACAAUCCAGAAGCCCCUUUCCCCUGGAACAAAUCCAUACUGUGAGUUACACGCUGCGUAAUCACACAAGCCCUUCCAUCAGUGAUUAUACACGUCCAGUUCGUUCUUGGCAAAAGUGGACCACAGAUGUAUUUAUCCGAUUUUUAUAUAUAUUCCUUUGGCAUAUUUUCUUUGCAUACCCACUACUUGUACUAACAAAUUUGACUUUUUGUAAAUAAGCUAGUUCUAUGCACAUUAAUUUUAAAAGGCAUUUCUAAAUAAACAAAUGCUAAAAUAUGCCCAAGGCCACAUCUACAUAGCAUUGUUGUUGUUGUUGUUGUUGUUGUUGUUUUUACAUUUAAUAUAUAUUUGACUAAUUAAAAGGGAAAAUCAUUAUCUGAAUUGAAUAUUCAUACAAUUUUAAAGGCAAAUAGUUUCACAUCUUGAAAAAAAUGAAGCUGUUUCCCAUUGUCCUUCCAUUUAACAUAACUACAUAAUUGGCUUGGUUCCCAAAAGAAUUUUGACAAUGUCAUAUAACUAUCGAUAAUUUAAAACUUAUUUUGAUUCUGUUUAUACUUCAUAAUAGUUAGAUAUGAUUGAAUAUAGAAACGAAACAGUAUGUAUUAAUGGAAAAAUUCUUCUUGCUUCAUAUUUCCCAACUUUAUUUAGAGGAGGAAAGUUUGUAUUUCUCUUUAACCAACAUAGAAAAAGGUUAUGUACUUAAAACAUUCACCUUCACAGUGGAUGUCAGACCAUUUUAAGUCUAAAGAUAUAAUAGAGAUCAAUUCCUUAAACAUAGACAUGUUCUUAAACACAUUUAUCUGUAAAAUGUGUGAAUUACUAACACAUUUGAAUGUUUCUCAUUCAAAUGUGUUAGUAAUUCACACAUUUUACAAACGAAUCUUGUGUAUAUUUUAAAAUAGAAUAUGCACCAAUUUUUUUCCCUUUUGCCAUAAAAGACAUCUCUAUAUUAUACAGUGAUUCCCCCAGGUGAGAGGAAACUCUGACCAGGUGUGGUGUGUAGGCCUAGCUCCAACAGUUAGGAACUCACAAACUCAGGAGUCCAAGGAAUGAAAAUAUAUAUAUAUUUUCUUCCUCACAUGAGUAAGUCAACCUUUCAUUCCUAAUUUAGGUAAAACGGCCAGCAUGAGAAAAAAAAUUAGAAGUUUCCAUUGCUAUUUUUAUAGUUGGGUGAUGUUUUAGCAACUUGAAGUUGGCACUUCACUUGAUUGUAUUACCCAUCAGAGAACUAAUAAUCUUAAUUUUCUGCAGUAAAGAAAAUGAAUUAUUCUUUAUUUUCCAAAUAUAUAAAGCACAAAUGUGAUCUAGUUAUUUAGAAUACAAAAUGCUACUAAAUGAAUGUAAAGAAUGGAAAGAAUGUAUUUUUGCAUGAAAACAGACUACUUACAAACCUGCUUAAUUAUCUCAGGAAAAAAUGAGUAAUCUUAUAAAAUUGAUAAAUUAUAUGUUGAGCUAAGUUGCUGCAUUUUCUUGCCUGUUUUUAUUUUAAAGGAACAUAUACAUGAAAAGACAAAAUGAUCCUGGUAGUCUGAACUUUCUCUCAAGUAUGCUGCACAGUCCUUUCUGUGAAUCUACAAUCAACUGCAGUGAGAAUGGGGUUAGCCUCUGAGUGAGGACCAAGCCCCACAUGGGAAACGCCAGUUAGACUCUAUGCAUGGUUAUCACCCAGAGGCCAUAGACAAAUACCUGGCAUACAAGCAUUUCUAAACCUGAUCCCAAACUGAAAAGGUUUUCAUGACAGUUGCUUUUAAACAUUUACCUGAUUGGUUCUUUUCAAUUUUCCUUGUUAAGUCAUUGCAACAAAUGCAUGAGGGGAAAAAAUGGCUAUUUUUUUUAAGAAUUGCUUAUUCUACUUUCAAUUUUUAAAAAGGAGAUUAAAAUAUUACUUUUUAAAUAUGCAUAAAAGUAUCUCAACUAUAGUUAUAUUUUAGUUGCUUUGUUAUAAUAGCAUGCCUAACAAAUAUAAAAUGCAUUUAUGAGAACUUUUGUAAAAAAAAUAAAGAUUUUUUUGUUUCUCAAA